AAACAAAACGAAGAGAUUUUUUUUUUUUGGAUGUAAAAACGAAGAGAGAAUUUCUUUCAUUUCUCGAUUUUUGUUGUUGUUGCUUUUUACUCUCGUGUAGGUUGCCAUAGGAGGUGAUCCAUCCAUCAUCACCUCUUCAGAUUUCGUUUUUUUAGAGGAUCGAUCGACCCCCUUGUAAAUCCAUAAACUCUCUUUAGGUUUCUGUUGUGAUGGCGUCUGAGAAUCUUACCGACAAGAAUGUUGUUUUCAGAAAAUUGAAAGCAAAAUCUGAGAACAAGGUUCGGUCUCAUCAAGCUCGUUGCAAUGGGUUUCUCUUGUGUUUGUGGUCCUUGAUAUGGGUCUUUGGUUGUCCGAGGUUUAUCUCUCUGGUUUUGUAUAUCUCGUUCAGAUCUGGGUUGGUAUGAUCGGAUCUUCGAUUAAGUUAUGUUCUCUUGUGCUGAUCCUGUUUUGCUUUCUCGGGGUUGUAGAUAUGCAUCGACUGUAGUGCGAAGAAUCCGACAUGGGCAUCGGUUACUUAUGGUGUGUUUCUUUGCAUCGAUUGCUCUGCUGUUCAUCGGAGUCUUGGUGUUCACAUCAGCUUCGUGAGAAUUCAUCGGGCUGUUUCAGAACAUGAAAAUUGGUUCUCCCAGUUGGAUUUCCAUCCAGUCUUCAAGUGCCAUUUUCUUAGGAAGGAGCUGGCCAACAUGUGAUCUCUACUAUAUGCUGACAGAACAUGGUUGAUCGGAAUGAAUAUGGCCAAAUAGUUCUGAGUCACUUGUCUGCAUUGUCCUUUCGAUUUUUUCCUUUGCUUGAAGGUCUACGAACUUAGACUCGUGGAGUCCUGAACAGCUUAGAACAAUGAUGUUUGGUGGCAACAACCGUGCUCAAGUGUUCUUUAAGCAACAUGGAUGGACCGACGGUGGCAAAAUUGAGUCUAAGUACACCUCGAGAGCUGCUGAUUUGUAUAGACAGAUUCUCGUCAAGGAAGUUGCUAAAGCCAUGGCAGAAGAGACUGCUCUGCCAUCAUCACCGGUCUCUGCCUCUCUGCCAGCAGAGGCGUCUAAUGGGUUUUCGUUUGCUGUUAAGGCAGAUGAACCUUCUAAAGAGAGUUUUUCUGCGAAACAAGACACACCCGAUGUCUCCUCUUCACCAAAAGCUUCUCGUACAGUUGUCUCUAGCGUUGUUAAGAAGCCUCUUGUUGCAAAAAAGACGGGAAGGGCUGGGGGCCUCGGAGCACGGAAGCUUACUACUAAGCGGAGUGAAAAUUUAUACGAUCAGAAACCGGAAGAACCUGCCCCAGUUGUUACUGCAGCAUCCUCAGCUAACAACAGCAGGUCUUCAUCAGCAGCUGGUCCAUCAUUUGCAUCUCGGUUUGGGUAUGUUGAAAAAGAGAUGCAAACAGGAGGAGGGCAGAGUGGAGCACAAGUCCUUAGCCAUGUCGCUCCACCAAAGUCGUCAAAUUUCUUUGCAGAAUUUGAAAUGGAAAACGGUUUCCAAAAGAAAUCGAGUUCAGGCUCCUCCAAAGUUCGAGUUGAGGAGAGUGAUGAAGCGAGAAAGAAGUUCUCAAGCGCAAAGUCCAUAUCUUCAGCACAGUAUUUCGGGGAGCAGAGCAGGGCUGCUGGUGAUCAUGAAACAAGAGCUACCCUUGAGAAGUUCUCGGGGUCGGCAGCUAUAUCAAGUGCUGAUCUUUUUGGACUUGGGAGAGAUGAUUCAUCAUCAGUUGACAUAACUGCAAGCGAUCUCAUCAACCGACUUUCUUUCCAGGCGCAGCAAGAUUUGUCGUCGCUGGUUAACAUUGCAGGUGAAACCAAGAAGAAGCUUGGUUCCUUGGCCUCCGACAUUUUCACUGAUCUUCAGGACAGAAUCCUUAAUAUUUUUUCCUUUUAUUUUUUUAUUUUUUUAAAAACAGCUUCAUUAAUAACCUCAGUCUCUCUCUUCGUUUUCCUCUUGUUUCGGGAUUUUCAGUUAUAGAGAGAGAUUGACAUCGUAUGAACUAUGAACUGUAACUAUUGUCAUAGUCAAAACAUAUAAUUUAUCGAUGUUUA